CGCCCUCCCGCAGCGGCAGGCGGAGGCCGGCGGGCGUGCGGCGCAGGAGGUAGGCCCGGGCCCCGGCGGGCCUCCCCCCCCCCCCCAGCCCCGCCGCCAUGGUCGGCCGGGAGAAGGAGCUCAAGAUCCGCUUCGUGCCGGGCCGCUGCGAGCUGGUGGAGGAAGAUGUUCAUAUUCCCAGUAGGCGAGUUUUGAUUACUGGUGCCACGGGACUUCUUGGCAGAGCUGUGUUUAAAGAAUUCAAUGAAAAUAAUUGGAAUGCAGUUGGCUGUGGAUACAGGAGAGCUCGGCCCAGAUUUGAACAGAUUAAUCUUCUGGACUCUAUUGCAGUUCAUGACAUUAUCCAUGAUUUUCAGCCUCAUGUUAUAGUGCAUUGUGCUGCUGAGAGAAGACCAGAUGUUGUAGAAAGCCAACCAGAUGCUGCUUCUCAGCUCAAUGUGGCUGCUUCAGGGAACUUAGCAAAAGAGGCAGCUGGAGUUGGAGCAUUUCUGAUCUACAUUAGUACAGACUAUGUAUUUGAUGGAACAAGCCCUCCUUAUAAAGAGACUGAUGUACCAAAUCCCCUGAAUUUAUAUGGUAAAACCAAACUGGAGGGUGAAAAGGCAGUCCUGGAAAAUAACGAAGAUGCUGCAGUACUUCGGAUUCCUGUCUUGUAUGGAGAUGUAGAAAGACUGGAGGAAAGUGCUGUGACUGUUAUGUUUGAUAAAGUGCAGUUCAGUAAUAAAUCUGCCAACAUGGACCACUGGCAACAAAGAUUUCCUACUAAUGUCAAGGAUGUAGCAACUGUUUGCAGACAACUAGCAGAGAAGAGAAUGCUGGACCCAUCAGUAAAAGGAACAUUUCACUGGUCUGGCAAUGAACAGAUGACUAAGUAUGAAAUGGCAUGUGCAAUUGCAGAUGCUUUCAAUCUUCCCAGCAGCCACUUGAGACCAAUUACUGAUUGUCCAGUUGUGGGUGCUCUUCGUCCGAGGAAUGCUCAGCUAGACUGCUCGAAGUUGGAGAUGCUGGGGAUAGGUCAGAGAACGCCAUUUCGAGCUGGGAUCAAAGAAUCACUUUGGCCUUUCCUUGUUGACAAGAGAUGGAGACAGACAGUCUUCCAUUAGUUUGUAACUUUUUUAGUAAAAGUAUGGUAUGUGGCACUUUUUUAAAAGAAAAAAAAUAGUUUUGUAUGAGUGUUCUUAAAUUGUGACAUUUAUGAGUUUUCAUUUAAUCAGGUAAACAUAUGGUCUUGCACUAGUGAAAUUGUUAGCCUAAAAAAAGUUCAGUGACAAAAACUGAGCCUAUUUGAUGUCAUGAAUCUUUCCUUCCAUUCGUACUAGUCUAACUUAAUGUCUAUUCCUAGCAGAUUAUGGUUCUCAGUAAUCAGUACCAUUUGAUGCUAAGAAUGACUCAGUUCACUUGUAGACUUACUUUUGGCUGAAAUAUGUUGUUGAUGCUUAAGGUCUGUGCCAUUGUUGUAUAUACCAUUUCUCUUCAUUAAAAGACAUGGUCACUUUAUCACCAAAAAUCUUGAGUUUUUUGUUUUUAACUUCUGACGGUGGUGGUGUUACGGAGUUAAACUGAAGUAGGUAUCAUUAAAUGUUUGUUUUGCUUGAGCUCUGAUAAAAAUGUUUUUUAAAAAAGUGAAACUUUAUUUUUGCAAUUAUCAAGUGUACUUUUUAUGCUUGAAAUAUUUUCAGAAUGUUCUGUAACUUGAAUGCCUGCAGCUUCAUAUUUGUACAGUAAGUUGUAUGCAUUUGUUUUAAUGGCGACAUAUAAAAGCUAGAAUGUUGGGAGGGUGGGGAACAUAGUUUUGACAUGUUUUUUGAGGGUGGGGUUUGCGGAUUUUUAUUUUUUUUGAGUGGGGGUUUGUGUUUUGUAUAAAAGCAUGAAAUAUCUUCAUCCUCUUUUUUGGGGCAGUAUUUGGGAUUGGUCAAAUUAGUGGGAGUGAGAUGUUUGUUAGUCAAUACAUGUGAGAUGGAGAGGAACGGUAUUUCAAGAAUUCGUAGCACUGCGGCUUCUUUUGCACAGACUGUCAGAUCUUGCACUGAUGUAGCUUGUUCUGGAACAGCAAAGCGCAUAUGUUGAAGGUUUGCACCAUAAUAAUGUAACCACAAUAGUCUAAUAUAAGCAAAUCUUUAAUCUGCUUAAGUCUAGUCCUUAAAGUCAGACUAGGUAGCCAAGCAAAGUAGAGGAAGAACACGGUCUGUAAAGGUUAGCUUCCUUCUGAAGUUGUAGAAUCAACAAUAUAAAUGUUCUGAGAUUGCCAGCAGAUUAUUUGUAAAACUAGGAAAAGCUGCAUUUGGAUGAUCAUUUAUUUUUCUGAGGUUGAAAUGAAGGGGGAGGGGAAGAUGCUCAGCUUUUAAUUAAAAAAAAAAAGGGGGGGGGUGAGCACAAAAAUAGACCAACUGAAUGAAUAUCUUCUAAAGGUCAGCUUUAUAUUCAGUCCUUUAAUUUCCAACUGGCAUAUGCUAAGAGUUCAAAAUCCCGAUUUGGUUUUAGUGUGAAGUCCUGAUAUACACAUGGUAACCUAUCUCCAAAAUGACAAUAAAUAUAUGUUGCCAGCAUGAGAAA